UUUAUUCUGACACAGUCACUAAAUGUCAAUUAAUUCUUUAAUUGAUCUCUAUUAUUUAUUUCUUUUAAGUAUUCAAUGUUACUUUUUGAAUUUUGUUUGAGAUAUAUUCAAUAAUAUAGAAUAAAUUAAAGAAGAUUAUUUUUAAAGUGAAAGAAUAAGCGUGUUAGUUUAUAAUAAUAACAGUCUUCGAAUUUUACUGUUUUCAAUUUUUUUCCAACUAUAUCUAAUCAAAGCAAGAGAAAAUGGGUAAAAGACAGCACCAAAAGGAUAAAAUGUACAUAACGUACACGGAAUGGACUACUCUGUAUGGAGGUAAAAGAUCUGGCACCUCCGUAGAAGAAGAUACGACUUUCAAGCGGCUUCCAUUUGAUCAUUGUUGCUUGUGCCUGCAGCCGUUCGACGAUCCCUACUGUGAUGCUGACGGAAACAUUUUCGAACUGCAAGCUAUUAUUGAAUUUGUGAAGAAAUUUAAAGUGAAUCCUGUGACGGGUAAAAAAUUUGACAUAAAAUCAUUGAUCAAAUUAAACUUCUUCAAGAAUGCACAAGAUGAUUACCAUUGUCCCGUUUUAUUUAAACCCUUCACCAAAAACUCUCAUAUUGUUGCAAUUCGUACAACUGGCAAUGUAUUUUCUUAUGAAGCUGUUGAGCAACUUAAUGUCAAAGGAAAGAAUUGGAAGGACCUUAUUACUGAUGUUUCAUUUGCCAGAAGUGAUAUCAUCACAAUACAGGACCCAAAUAAUUUGGACAAAUUCAAUAUUUCCAAGUUUCAUCAUGUCAAGAAUAAUUUGAGAGUUGAAACCGAAGAGGAAAUUGCAAUGAAAAAAGAUCCUCAUGCCAGAUUGAAAACAGUAUCGGCUGAAACUAAAGACAUCUUGAGAGAACUGGAGAAAGAGUACAAAGCACCAGAAAAACAGGAAAAUAAAAAAGAGGUAGCAGACCAGUUCAAUGCUGCACAUUACUCUACCGGAAUGGUUGCUGCCAGCUUUACUUCCACUGCUAUGGUUCCAGAGACGGUCCACGAGGCUGCAAUAAUUUGUGAAGACGAGGUCAAAUAUCAGAGAGUUAAGAAAAAAGGAUAUGUAAGGCUUGUGACGAAUAUGGGUCCACUAAACUUUGAGCUCUAUUGUGACGUCACUCCAAAAGCGUGUGACAAUUUUAUAAAGCACUGCCAUAAUGGAUACUAUAAUGGCACAAAGUUCCACAGAUUGAUAAGGAAUUUCAUGAUACAAGGUGGCGACCCUACUGGCACAGGAGUAGGAGGCGAAUCAAUCUGGAAAAAACCAUUUGAGGAUGAAUUCAGACCAAAUCUACAUCACACUGGCCGCGGAGUACUAUCAAUGGCCAAUUCUGGGCCUAACACGAAUGGGUCUCAGUUCUUUAUAACAUUUCGUUCCUGCAAACAGCUGGAUGGCAAACAUACUAUAUUUGGCAAAAUGGUUGGGGGAGUGGACACAUUGAAUGUUAUAGAGCAAAUAGGGGUGGAUAAUAAGGACAGACCGAUUCACGACAUUAUUAUUGAAGUAGCACAAGUAUUUGUGGACCCAUUCAGUGAAGCAGAGGAGCAGCUGGCUAAAGAAAGAGCAGAAGAAUUGAAAAGACAGGCUGAAGCAGAUGGGCCUGGCAUAAAACCUAAGAAAGCAACUAAACAGCCUCUCAAAGUAUUCAGGGAUGGCGUUGGAAAGUAUUUAAAUUUACAAGAAAUGUCAACAAGCAGUAAAAAAAUAGAAGAAGUACCAGCCAAGAAACCUAAAAAAGAUUCCAAUUAUAAAUUUGGAAGUUUUGACUCUUGGUAGUGUAUGUAUCUCGAUAAUUGUUGUAAAUAAUAAUAAACAUGUAUAUACCAUAUAA